AUACAGGACUGCCCCAUAGCUGCCGAGUGCCGACCGUAAAGACUGGCGAUGUGUCUCUCCGCGAGAAGAAGUGAAUCAAGCAUCUAAUUUGAUUGGAGUGAAUGGGGAGACAGAAACGACAUCGCACUUUACAACUGCUUCAUCUCUUCAUUGGACUGUUUUCUGCUACAAAUGCGGUUUCUUCCCUUCCCACUUAGACCUUAGUCUAGACUCGAGUGGUUAAACGUUCGGUGUUUCGCUACAGCCUCUCCUAUUCACCGAGGUCGGUAAAGGUGGGAGCAGACUGCAUCAUGAAGUUCAAACCCAACCAGACCCGAACAUACGACGGCGACGGCUUCAAGAAAAGGGCCGCAUGCCUGUGUUUCAAAAACGAACGCGAGGACGAGGUGUUGCUGGUGAGCAGCAGUCGGCACCCGGACCAGUGGAUCGUCCCCGGGGGAGGGAUGGAGCCGGAGGAGGAGCCAUGUGGGGCUGCCGUGCGGGAGGUGUUUGAGGAGGCUGGAGUGAAAGGCAAGCUGGGUCGUUUGCUGGGAGUUUUCGAACAGAACCAAGACCGUAAGAAUCGGACUUACGUUUACGUCUUGACUGUGACUGAAACCCUGGAAGCCUGGGAGGAUUCGGUUAACAUUGGCCGGAAGAGGGAAUGGUUCACAGUAGAGGAGGCCAUCAAGGUGCUGCAGAGCCACAAACCCGUCCAUGCCGAAUACCUCCGGCGGUUACGCCUCAACUGCUCCUCCAAUUCCAAUGGCAACUCGCUUCUCAACCCAAUCCCCAUCAACGACAUUGGGCCGCGCUUCAACAACCCCCAACCCUCUGUUCUGGGCACCUCCUGUAGAUAGGACUGCAGAGGCACCCCCUCCCCUCCCCUACCCCCACCCCCCCAGCAGUCAGGAUGCCAUGAAGCCAUGGUGCCACCUCUGUUUGGACCAUCUUCUCAGAAACAUAUCUGUACAGUUCGGAGCUAAUGCAAAAACCCCACCACCUGACACCACCUGACACCACCGACGAUUGCAUGAACCCGACAGUCACCCGCGGCGACGUGCCGCACUCACACCACUCCUCACCUCACCUGUGUCAUCUCACGACGUCUGAACUGGAUCCAAACCAAAGCCAUAGGCGUGGCGCUGUGCUCAAGGUCAGGGGUUUGAAGAAUGCCUUAAAAUGAGUUCCCCUUUCGUGGUUGGUUUCAGGGGUCAGGGCUAAGUGUUCUUAAUGAUUGUUAGAGAAGAAUGUUGAAUUUAUGGCCCAGUUUGGGGAAGAGAGUUUGAAGGGGACUUGCGGUUUUUGUGGGGAACAAUCGUAGAGAAUUUGACCGCAGCUGUGUCCAGAAUUUUGCGCAGAAUAAGACUUGGAAAGUCCUUCCCCCCAUUUGUCAGUGCAUCGUUAAGGGGGAGCAUGUGACGAGACCCUCCAGGUUGCACAAGGAGACGAGGUGAAGAGGUGGCUUGUGGAAGUUGGAUGAGGUUCGACCCCUUGGACCUUUCCCAAGGGGCUUAGGUCAUUGCCUUGGGAGUGAUGAAAGAUCUACCUCAGUGUGAUGGAUUCUGGGUAGGCUGGUUUCAUCAGCCAACUCCAUUUUGGACCCUGUUGCUGAGCUGAAAAUAACUGAGGAUGCAAGUGAGAACGUAGUUUGUUGUGUGUUGUGCUGCUCUACGAUGUAAAAAAAAAAUGUACCUAGUCUACUCUCAGGAUCGUGCCCACUUAAGAUGGAGGCAUUCCCCAGUCACUCAGUCCUAGACCACCUUAAGUUCUUAAGUCCCUACCUUAAAAGAAAUGAUUCAGCAUCAACUUCACAGAGACAUAAUGACCAUCAUUGUGACCUUAAUAGUUAACAGUGGUUGAUAGAACAUUUACAUCAUGGAAAGGAUGUUCCAUAAUACCAAACCACAACAUUAAUCACAAAUCUAAUUCAUAGCUGACAUUUUGGGGGACAAAACAUCUGCUGUCACUGGAACCUAAGCACACUGAUACACCCUGGCAGUGCAACACAUAGGCUUACUCCAACCCAAUCUAAAACUCCAACCACACUUUUUUGUGGGUCUUUGGAAACUCCAUUUCCGUCCAUUGUCCAUCUGGUAAACUGUCCAUGCAUAGCUAUGCAGCGCUGCUUUUAGCUAAUGUUCCAUUUGCAUAUUUAGACCCAGUAGCCUGAGAUAGCCUCAGGAGAGCCUGCCGCUUUUUUGGCUGACCAGUCCUUCCAUCUCCUCCAAAACCAUUCACUUAACAUUUGGCAGCAAACACACUGUCCCUAAACACUCCCUUUUAUCAGUGUCACAGCACGUUCCUCACUGUGCACAGAGGGAAAUAAAUAAUUAACAAACCCUUUAGCGUCACUUAGCGGCUAGCCUUUGUGCACGUCCAUUGACUGACCCUGGGAAAAAUAUGAAAUAAUAAGCACCAUGGAUUCAUGUGUUUUUAUCUGUUAUUAUGUUUAAACAAAAGUAACUCUCAAGGCAUCCCUUUAACAGUUUGCCCAUUUACUUGUUGAAUUCCCGAGACUUAAGCAGUCUACGCUAUUCCCCAAUGCAGUCAUUCAGUUCUCAGAAUUUGAAUUUGAAUUGUUGAAUGGGGAAGCGAGCUGACUCCCUUGCCUAAAAGAAAAGAAAAAAGAUGUGAAGGACAGACUCAACAAAUGUUAUGUAAAUAUUCCAAAGGAAAGUUGAAGAUAAUGUGAGUGUGUUCUUUUUUGGAAAUGCAAAGUGUAUUAAUCUUACUCUGCUGAAUAACUUUUCUAUUCUUUUUUUUCUAAUGAUGUAAAAAAAACUGACAGGAGAAGACUGUGAUGAACUCUAUUGUAAAUGUGUGUAUUUUCUCAAAGGUUAAAUGUUAUACCUUCGUCAGAGGGUAUCUUAGCAACACCCCCCACCACCAACACCAUCACAAACACUCAAUGUAAUGGUCCUUCAGAGUGCUCUUAAAGGGGAAGUGUUUGUCAUUGUCUGGCCACAACAUAGGAGGCCUUAAAUGGAUGAGAAUGUAAAGGCUGUUGUACUGUAUACUGUGGGGGAGGUUGUAUUAGUUCAAAAGGAAUGGAAUUCCAGUAGGGGGCAGAAGUGUUCCUUUCUCCAGGACUAACUGUUGAUUGUAAAGUGCUAGGUCCGAGGUGCCACAAUGGGCCUCAUGUUUGACCCUCAGAGGUCUGUCCAACUGUUACACUACACUCCCCUCCGAGAAAACAGCCACUGUUGAGACAAGGCAACCAGUAGGCUACAAAUUCACUGGGUCCUGUAUGCGGGGAUUGUUACCGUUAAUUCCGACAGAAUUAUCAAGGAAAUCAUUGUGAGUUAGAGCUACAGAUGAUCAAACUUUUAUAUAUAUAUAUAUAUGUAAUUUAUUUGUAUGUGUAAAUGAGUUUUUAUCUGACAUUAAUGAUUGCUCUAAUGAUGUCUGUUGAAUGGAAUUAUAGUGUUAUGAAAACGAUAAAGUUAUUACGAAAUGAUACAAUGAUUUGUAUUUGUGCUCCAUUGCAAGUUUGGAUUCUGCUAGUAAAUGAUACAUGUAUUAAUGUCCUUUCACCACUUUCCUUUCUGAUUGGAAAACACAAACUUGUGCAGUUUUAUCAGUCCAGUCUGUUUGGGUCGGGGUACUAAAGCAAGAGAGACUCCCAGUGCCAAGUUGUCAGAUACAUGAUGGAGUAACAUAGUCUGCAAUAUACCACCUCCCCUCUCUAAUGCAUUGCCUUCUCAGAAUGUCUGCUGUGGGCCAGGAAAUAUGGUUCACAAUAUAUUACAUUGCUGGUACUUGUAAAUAUAGUAAUUUCUACUGCAGUAGAUCAGCACCUUCAGAUAGAGCUAAUACCUGGAGACGAGUGUGUGUGUGUGUUUGUGUGAUGGUCCUGGUUGCCACAGAGACAGGAGUGUGGGCGGUCGAAUCAGGAGCCCUGUUGCUGAUGUGAAUGUCGUAUGCCACUGAUUAAACUGUGUGGGAGUGAAUGUGGCUGCACUGUCCUGUCUAUCAAUGCAAAGUGGAUGAAUCUCCUGUGUCUUUUUUUCUCUCUGUCUCUCUGUCUAGUCAAAUGCUAAUAAUAUGUACAGUUGUCAAAUCAGAUCUGUUGAUCAGUCCCUCAAAAAGACUAUCAUAUUUUAAGUGAACUUUCAUUAAAAAGGGAAAUACUUGAUGAA